AUGGAGUCGGAAACAAGCUCUGCAAUUCCAGUAGAGGUCGAGAAUAGGAACAAUUUAGUGUUCAUAGACGUUCCCCUGACAGUAAGAUUUCAUUGCGAGGCGUGCCAAGGAGCACCAAAACAUUUCAGUAGCCAUAAUGGGCUACUGAGGCACCACAGAAAUACGCAUAACAGAAAUGCAUCCUUAAAAUUCCGUUGCCGAUGCUGUAAGGAAGAAUUUUACACGUUGAAGCAAGCAACAAGGCAUGUGUCAAGAAACAAUACAUGCCGGAACGAGACGGAAGGCAUUGUAGAAAACGACGCCGCGUCCUAUGUCGCUCAACGCGUUCGGCGAACGCGUUCCAAUUCAAGCGAUAGCGAGAUAACGAAUAAUGACACAUCAGCUUCACGACCAACAAAUGUCCUGCCCACAAUUCCAGAAGGAAUACCGGCAGGAGCUAGUCUGAAUAGUGUAGAGUUUGCUGAAGAAAGGCAAGAGGAAAGACCUUUAACCAUAUUACAGGUGGAGAUGGCAGCUGCACUUAACAAAGUAAACGACCCAGAGCAAUUUGAGUCUCUGUUAGACGCCUUAUACACCAGACUGACUUCUAAGAACGAUGAACAGCCGGCAAUUUUAGAACAACCAAGACCGCGGAGUCAAUAUGAGAGGCGUCGCAGAAAUAGGACCAACGAGUUCGAUCCGACGGUAGCAGCCAGAUUACAAAAAUUGUACCGCCGGAAUAGGAAACGAGCCUACAGACAAGUGACAGAAGAGAAUUCCAAUGGCCGCUGCGUAAUAAAUACUGAACAACUGUUUCAACAUUUUCUGGCUACGUACGGAGAAACGGGACACGUAACUACUGACAUUCCAGAGGUGGUUCCAACACUAGAAGCCGCUACAUGUGAUAACCCGCUGAUUUCCAGAUUCACGCCGGAUGAGAUAUGGAAAAGACUGAACAGGUGCAAGGAUACCGCGCCAGGUCCUGACGGCAUCCGGUACAACGUGUGGAAAAAGAUAGACCCGGGAAGUUAUAUUGCUGCUGCCGUGUUCAACACAGCACGAAGAUUAGACUACACUCCCCGGAAUUGGAACCAGUCAGAGACGGUAUUAAUACAAAGAAAGGCGACCCAAUGGACAUAUCAAAUUGGAGGCCGAUUGCGCUCUCCAAUACACUUGGGAAACUAUAUGCGUCAACGAUCGCAGGUAGAUUGGCGCAAUGGGCCAUCGAAAACAAUCGCAUAUCGCCUUCCCAGAAAGGAUUUAUGCCAUUCGAAGGAUGCAGCGAGCAUAAUUUCUUCUACAAACUAUUGUACAGGAUGCCCGUCGAAGGAAAACAGAAGCAUGCGUGGCGUGGCUGGAUCUCAGAAAUGCAUUCGGAUCUGUGCCACACUCGACUCUGUUCAAAGCUUUGCAAUGGACGGGUCUCGGAACAGAAUCCAUUGCUAUUAUCAAACGGGUAUAUCAGAAUGUACUACCAAGAUCAAAUCUAGCAAUGGCAUGACUGAGGAGAUACCGAUACGAGCAGGAGUGAAACAAGGAUGCCCUCUAUCUCCAAUUAUUUUCAACCUGGCACUGGAACCAUUACUUCGCACACUAAAGGAAUCAGAGGAAACAUAUAAAGUGGGAAGCCAGAAAGUAAAUGUUUUGGCAUACGCCGAUGACAUAGUUUUAGUGGCAACAUCAGAAAGCGGCCUACAAAAGCUGUUAGAUCUAACGCUGGAAAUUUCAGAUUGGGCAGGACUAAAAUUCAAUCCAAAUAAGUGCGCCACUCUACAUGUGGAUGGCAAAAAUCACGCGGCCUCGCCUACCAAGUUUCGGUUAGGCAGCAAUGAAUUAAAAUCCCUGACCAGCGAAGAAAGCUACGAAUAUUUGGGCGACCCCACGGGAUUCCAGACAUUUAGAUCGGCGGAAGAUGUCAUUGAAAAUAUGAUGAAACAUUUGGACAGAAUCGACAAGGCACCAUUGGCACCAUGGCAAAAAUUUGACGCAGUUAAUACCUUUAUCGUGCCGCAGAUUGAAUUCCACCUGCGCAACGGAAGUGUGGCAAAGAAAGCGCUAAAUAGCUAUGAUAAAAAAGUCAAAAAAUGCGCCAAAAAAUGGGCUAAUCUCCCUCAGAGAGCAAGUGCGGAGAUACUGUACAUUCCGUACAAGGAAGGAGGCUUUAACAUGUUGCCCACAAGCGUGCUUGCCGACAUUGCACAGAUAGUCCACGCCACAAGAAUUAUGACAUCGAGGGAUGAAGCACUAGCAAAGUCAAGCUUGGACGCACUGAAAGAAGUUGUACGAAAAAGAACCGGAACAGAACCGACAACACAACUGAUGACGGAAUACUUAAAUUCCUCAUUUGAAGGCGUACUAGGCAAACCGGCGAACGAUAUCACGUCUGUGUGGUCAAGAGUAAGGGCGGCUGUACGCCGACUAAAAAUGAAAAUAAAUGUCCGGCUAGAACUCGAAGCACUGUAUGUGGACGAUGAGAAGGUUGAAAGAAAGAAUGCCGAAAUGAAACUCAGAACUGCGGCGAGAAAAUUCUACCUGAAGCAGCUACUGGCUAAGCCCGACCAAGGGAAAGCAUUUGAUAUUAUUUCAGCGUAUAACUCAUCGAACCACUUCAUGCGGGAUGGAAAGUUUACGCGAUUUGCAGAGUGGAGGUUCGUACACAGAGCGAGGCUGAAUGUAGUGCCCCUCAAUGGUUGCAGAAGACAUGGGCAAGGCGAUAAAAAGUGUCGCAGAUGCGGAGAUUCCAACGAGACCUUACCUCAUGUACUAAAUCACUGCCGCCCCCACUUCACUACAAUGACGAAGCGGCAUGAUGCGAUUGUGAACCGGCUCGUUAAAGCUGCCAAGAAGCCCGACGAUGGUAUUAUAUACCAAAACCAGCAGAUACCUGGAUACUCUGGACUCGAAAGGCCUGAUAUUGUGAUAGUUGACGAAGGCAAAAAAGAAGUCAAAAUCGUCGACGUCACGGUGGCCUUCGAAAAUAAGAAGGCAGCAUUUGAGAAGGCACGAGCUGAGAAAAUCCGAAAAUACUCAGCACUGGCAGAAUACUUCAAAAAGAAAGAAAUAAAACGGAACUGA